AUGGCCAAGGUUCCUAGAAACUUCAGGCUUCUCGAGGAACUGGAAAAGGGCGAAAAGGGCCUUGGAGCAGAGGCAUGCUCUUAUGGUCUCGCUGAUGGGGAAGAUAUGAUGAUGAGCAACUGGAAUGGGACGAUCCUUGGCCCCCCUCAUAGUACCCAUGAGAAUCGGAUAUACAGUGUCCAGAUCCAUUGCGGUCCCGAAUAUCCAGACAGCCCUCCCACUCUCCAGUUCAUUUCCCGUGUCAAUCUGCCUUGUGUUGACCAGCGAUCCGGGAAUGUCGACCCAUCAAAGCUGCCUUGUCUUGCUCAGUGGAAGCGCGAUUACACCAUGGAGACAGUUCUACUUGAGAUCAGAAGGUACAUGGCCCUUCCGCAACACAAGAAGCUGCCGCAGCCGCCCGAGGGAACGAAUUUCUAA